UUCCAAGGCUGCUAUCAUGAAGUGUGCUUGGUUCUUUAUUGCAACAUUCCUCUUUAAUGCCUGUUUCACUAAUGCUACCGAAAAGAAAUGUAAUGAAGUACGAUUUGGCAAUGGAAAGUAUGACGUUAAGAAUGAAUGCUGGGAGAAAGAGCCUACAAAGCCGAACCUGGCGGUCCGUUCUGACUGUCAAUCUCUGACGAUCAGGAGAAAAAUUCUUCGUGCUUUAAAGUGCAGACCAGGAAUAAAGAAGUUUCUUGAUCAAAAAUCGUUGGACUGUGAACCAAGCAAAGUGUCAGAUAUUGGACUGACAAACGUUUGCCCACACAAAUUUGAGUACGUAACAAGGGUAGCUAGGAACAGUAAAUCAUGCUACGUCGUAUUUCCUCAUCGGCAGUGUGUAACAUACGCAAAAUGUGAAAACAAACGGGGUUGCUCGAAGAAUGCCUCUGUAACAAGUGCUUGUCUGCCUGACCGGCACCGCUUCUUCAAUGUCUGGUUGUUCUGUCCUGACGAUCAUCGAUUUGAACUGGAAACCUUGGAGUUGCCUCAGUGUUGUACAUGCAGAGAAUACAAACUCUGCGCUGCUGAGAGCGCCGAAGCACAGAGAUGAGAUGUUGUUUUUGUCUUCAAAAUAUGCAGUAUAGGAUGAAAUUGAGGCAAUGAAAUAAGUUAAAAUUGAUACAGAUGUUGACAUCUCAUUUUUUGUAACAGCACAUAUACAAUAUUACACAUGUUCUUAUGCUGUUUAUAUAGUUGUGAAAUAAAACAUCAACAUUU